UUUUACUCAUGAAGUAACCAGUACAUAAAGAAGUUGUGACUUGACUCAGGUUAUAUAGUGAAUUGGGCAAGUGGGUGGUAUAGGAGAUAGAACACCUCAGUAUCUUUGCCAAGAAAACUCCAGAAAAUGGGGUAGCUCAAUGGAUUGAGAGCCAGGCCUAGAGAUGGGAGGUCCUGGGUUCAAAUAUGGCCUCAGACACUUCCCAGCUGUGUGACCCUGGGCAAGUCACUUGACCCCCAUUGCCUAGCCCUUACCACUCUUCUUGGAGUCAAUACACAGUAUUGACUCCAAGAUGAAAGGUAAGGGUUUAAAAAAAAAAAGAAAACUCCAGAAAAGUCCAUUGGGUCACAUAGAGUCAGAUAUGACUGAACAACAGCAUAUAGUGACUUGGUAGGAGAACCAAUAUUUGAAUUGCAAGUUCUGUUCCACAUGAAAGGUUCAUGUUGGCUUGAGAAUGUAUCUAUAUUCUAAUUUAGUGAAAUAUUUGGUGUCAAUCCAACUGUAAGGGAGAUUUUAGAAAAUAACUUGUGUACAAAUGGUGCCUAAUAGUGUCCUUCCUUUCUCUGAUGAAUACCUAUUUACUUUCAGAAGGUGAAUCUACAGAGAAGUUGAAACUAGCUUAUAGACCAAACCCCUGCGAUGGAGUAGUAAUGGUUAAGCACCAGGGAUCAUGGGGCUUAGUGUGCAAUGAAGUCUGGACUUUGGCAGAGGUAUCGGUGAUCUGUCGACAAAUUGGUUGUGGAGAUGGUGUUGGUGCUCCAAAGUAUGUUCCCUUGCCUGACGAGACCGUUCAGCCAUGGAUCCAUGAUGUUUCCUGUAGAGGCAAUGAGUCAUCUCUGUGGGACUGCAACAUUGGGGAAUGGAGUCGGAAAAAAUGUUCGUAUGAAUGGAUUGGAGUAGCUCUUUGUUCGAAUGGAGUCUUUGAAGGAGUCAACUUGGUCAAUGGGAAAAGUCCCUGCGCAGGGUUGCCAUAGAUCAAAAUUAAGAAGGGAACCGAUAGACUGUGUGGCCUGCACAUGGAAGAGGCAAAUGUGUUUUGCAGGGAGAUGAGAUGUGGUCCAGCUAUUCAAGCUUCCAAAGGAGGGUUGAGAAAUACUUCAAAAUAUAUGGACUGUGAGGGGACAGAGUCAACAAUCCGCAAUUGUAAACUGAAUAACAACUUCCAGAAAGGUUGUCAUCACCAGCAGGAGGCUGAAGUGAUCUGUGCAAAACACAUAGAGGUCCGGCUGAUUGGAGGUGAACAUCCCUGUGCAGGGCGCCUGGAAGUGAGAAGAGGUCUGACCUGGGGCACCGUCUGCGACUCUGACCUUGAUCUUCAGACAGCCCAUGUCAUCUGUCAGGAAUUACAGUGUGGAACAGUCAUUUCCACUCCAGGAGGAGCACACUUUGAAGAGGGCACUGGCGUGGUAUGGAGGGAGGUGUUCCAGUGCCUAGGGAAUGAGUCUCUGCUGUUUCAUUGUCCUGUAGGGCCAGAGAAGAAGGAGCCCUGCACACACGGUCACGAUGUCGGGGUCAUAUGCUCAGAGUACAGGCUGGUAAAUGGCAGCAGCAGAUGUUCAGGGAGAGUGGAAGUCCAGGUGAAGGGGGUCUGGGCCCCACUCUGUGCCAGUCAUUGGGAUUUACAAGAUGCCAAUGUUCUCUGCCAUCAGCUCAACUGUGGCCAAGCUGUGGCAGCUCCAGGAGGAGGCCAUUUUGGGGAAGGAGAAGGCUUGAUCUUGCCUGAUGGAUUUCAUUGCACAGGGAAAGAAUUUUACUUGUGGAACUGCCCAGUGAGUGUCCUGGGAGCACCUGUGUGUGCCUCAGGGAAUGUGGCUGGAGCCAUAUGCUCAGGUGAGUGACAAGAUUCUCUUCGCUUGAGGAAUGGGCAGAGCCGUUGUGAUGGAAAAGUAGAAAUUUCCCUGCAUGGAGUUUGGGGUCAAGUCCUGGAUGCUGCUUGGGAUCUCAGUGGUGCUGAGGUAGUGUGCAGGCAACUCCAAUGUGGAAGAGCAGAGAGAGCCUUGAACCCUUCUGUACCCUCUCUCAGGGGAGGUCUUCUGGGCCUGAGCAGGGUGAGAUGUGUUGGCAAUGAGACCCAGCUGAGCCAGUGUAACAUUUCCACAUCUGCCUUGGCUCCAGUGAGGAUCACUCAGGAAGCUGGUGUUGUCUGUUCAGAGAAUAGAAGGAUCCGCCUGGUGAAUGGCACCGGCCGCUGUGCUGGGCGAGUAGAGAUCUACCACAAUGGCACCUGGGGCACCGUGUGUGAUGAUGCCUGGGACCUCUCUGAUGCCAAUGUGGUCUGCAGACAGCUGGGAUGUGGCGUGGCCCUCAGUGCCAUGGGAUCUGCUCACUAUGGGGCAGGGAAUGGUCUCAUUUGGCUGGAUGAGGUGAGCUGCUCUGGGAAUGAGUCUGAGCUGUGGCAGUGCCCAUCCCAAGGCUGGGGCCAGCAUGACUGCAGACACAAGGAGGAUGCUGGUGUUCUCUGUUCAGAGUUCACAGCUCUGAGACUCAUCAGUGACACCUACAACUGUGCUGGGUGGUUGGAAGUUUUCUACAAUGGAACCUGGGGAUCUGUGUGUAGUAAUUCCCUGAAGGAUGUCUCCCUCAAAGUCAUAUGUAAACAGUUGGAGUGUGGAAAUUCAGGUUGGCUGGAUAAUAAAAGAGGCCCCAUGUGAGAUCAAGGUUUCUGGUUAGACAAAAUUGAAUGCCGUAAACACCAUACGACGUCCCUGUGGCAGUGCUCAUCAACUCCCUGGCAUCCAUACUCAUGUUCCCAAGAAGAUGAGGCCUGGAUCACCUGUGCAGGACACGCAAAGAAAAAAACAAAUGAAAGUAGAGAGAGCUUCAACUGCUCAACCUCCCAAGAAUGCACAGGUAUUUGUUUAUCUGCCCUUGUCUGUGAGUCUGUCUACUUCUCAGGGGAUCUUGUUCUUUCAGCAACACCAGUGAUUGCAUUUUCAGAGAUGAACAGGCUUCGUGUCAGGGACGGAGAGGAUAGUUGCUCUGGGCGAGUGGAAAUCUGGCAUGGUGGCUCCUGGGGAAUGGUGUGUGAUGAUUCCUGGGACCUGGAAGAUGCUGAGGUUGUGUGCAGACAGUUGGGCUGUGGCUCAGCUGUAUCAGCUUUGGGAGAGGCUGCCUUUGGACCAGGGACAGGGACUAUUUGGCUGGAUGAGGUGCGAUGUAAGGGAACUGAAGUGUCUCUAUGGGACUGUCCUGCAGAGCCCUGGGGACACAGUGACUGUGGUCACAAGGAAGAUGCAGCUGUGAAUUGCUCUGAUUCCAGAUUGAAUGCAAAUUCUUCCCCAGAGGUCAUCUAUGAGGAUGUUUCAUGCAUUGAAUUGGGGGAGAAGCAUGAAGAAAUGGAAGAGGAUGUUAGUAGUUUGCUAGAAGAUCACUAUGAUGAUGCUGAGGAAGGUGAGAAUGACAUCAUCCGGGAGGAAGAAGAAGAGAAAUAA